CUUGAAAAACAAACAAACAAAAAAAAGCGAAUCUAAAACUUACCUCGAAUAAACAACAGGAACACCAAAGAUUUGUAAAUGAAUAUUGCUAAAUUUAAAUAAAGGAAUCAGACCAUAUAUUUUUAUGAGCUAUAGAGAGGAAUUUGGACUUUAAGUUUUUAAAUUUUGUUUUUGGAUCGUGUAUGGUCUGGCCAACUCCGUUUUCUCGGCAUCUUGGUUUCCCCGCCUCAAAUCUUUUGUGUCUUUAUGCAAACCGUGACAACACAACCACACUUCGAAUGAGAUUUUGGGGAUCUCUUCCCCGUCAAUAACUCAUGAGUAAAGCAAACAGCCUUGGCUCUCCUGUGACACAGUUAAGAGUGGAAAUGUUUCUGAGUUGAGAGUAACAGGUUUGAAGUGAGGCCAGCUUUUAGGUUCCGAAGGUGAAGCGAGUCUACUGGGGUGGUUAUGACCUGCAGAAGAGAUACUCUUACGUUUUCUGUUCCAUCAUCUCCUCAAAUUAUCCCAGGUACUAAAGUGUCCUUCAACAUGGGGGUGUGGGCGUCUUCGUUGGGUAGAUUCGUUUACACGCACUUGGGUUUCCCCGAUUCCUAGGCUGGCACCUAACGUUGACCUGUCUACAAACGCGCAGGCUGUCUUCCGUGGCGCGGGGAACAUGGUGAAGCUGAUUCGCACACUGGCGGAUCACGGUGAUGACGUCAGCUGCUGCGCCUUCUCCUCGUCCCUCUUGGCUACCUGCUCCCUGGACAAGACCAUUCGCCUGUACUCCCUGAGUGACUUCUCGGAACUGCCGCACUCCCCGUUGAGGUUUCACACCUACGCUGUCCACUGCUGCUGCUUCUCUCCCUCAGGACACAUUUUGGCAUCAUGUUCAACCGACGGCACCACGGUGCUUUGGAGCGCGCAUAGCGGACAGUCCCUGACGGUGAUGGAGCAGCCGGGCGGCAGCCCUGUCCGGGUCUGCUGCUUCUCGCCCGACUCGGCUUACCUGGCCUCAGGGGCCGCUGAUGGGUCUGUUGUCUUGUGGAAUGCACAGUCAUACAAAUUGUAUAGGUGUGGUGGUGUCAAGGAUGGCUCCUUGGUGGCCUGUGCAUUCUCUCCUGAUGGAAGCCUCCUUGUCACUGGCUCCUCUGGUGGAGAUUUAACAGCGUGGGAUAAUCGAAUGAGGUGUCUGCACAAUGAGAAAGCUCAUGACCUGGGGAUUACCUGCUGUGACUUUUCCCCACGGCCCCUUUCUGGUGGAGAACAAGGCCUUCAGUUUUACCGAUUGGCAUCAUGUGGUCAGGACUGUGAAAUCAAACUCUGGGUUGUUUCCUUUACCCCUGUCUUAGGCUUUGAAUUAAAAUAUAAAAGUACACUACGUGGGCACUGUGCCCCUGUUCUGGCUUGUGCUUUUUCCUACGAUGGACAGAUGCUUGUGUCGGGGUCAGUGGAUAAGUCUGUCAUCAUAUACGAUAUCGGCACCCAGAGUGUGCUGUACACAUUGACGCAGCAUACCAGGUAUGUCACAACUUGUGCCUUUGCGCCCAACACCCUGUUGCUUGCCACUGGCUCCAUGGACAAGACUCUGAACAUUUGGGAGUUUGACCUGGAAACACCUUGCCAAGCAGGAAGCACGGGCGAUCAGCAGAAGCCACUGAUUGAAGACUGGUCAGAGGAGGACGUCUCAACGUGGCUCCGUGCUCAAGGCUUGGAAGAGCUCGUCAGCGUUUUCCAGAUGAACAACAUUGACGGAAAAGAACUGUUGCAUCUCACAAAGGAAAGUCUGGCUGGCGAUUUGAAAAUUGAAUCUCUAGGGCUACGCAGCAAAGUGUUGAGGAGUAUCGAAGAGCUCAGGACCAGGAUGGACUCCCUUUCUUCUGAAAUUCCUGAUGAGUUUGUCUGUCCGAUAACUAGAGAGAUUAUGAAGGACCCCGUCAUAGCAUCAGAUGGCUAUUCCUAUGAGAGAGAAGCCAUGGAAAGCUGGAUCCACAAAAAGAAACGCACGAGCCCCAUGACAAACCUGGUCCUUCCUUCGCUGGUACUGACACCAAACAGGACUCUGAAAAUGGCCAUCAAUCGAUGGCUAGAGACACAUCAGAAAUGAAUCGUUCAUAGGGUAUCGGAUACAUUUUCCAGUGAGGUCAUUCAGCGCUGACCAGGCAUUACAAAAGCAAAUAGGAAAAGACAUGAAAUUCAGUUACUUUUAAAACUGUAAAUCACCCUUAAAACACAGAAUUAUAUAUCUAAUGUCAUUGCUGUUUCUAUAAAAGUGAAAAUAUUUUUGCACUAAUGGGGAAAUGUGUAGAAAUAAGACUUUGCCGAGACUUUAAAUUACAAUGCCUAACUGUGUUAUUAGGUGUAGGCCUCAUCCUGGAGUAGUCUCGAUUCUAUGGUUGUUUCCAUCUUGGAUAAAGCCAUUUAAUAGUUUUCAGAGAGCUUUAGAAUAGAAUUUUCACACUGUAAUUGUAAAUUGCUUAAUAAAUUGGAAAAAAAUUACUCCA